AUGCGAGAGCUUGCGAAGGAAGCGAUGUGUCCCCUCGAGAAGCAGGUUUUCCAGAAUGAUCAACACGUUGAGCCUAUACAAAAUGAACAUGACAGUGGAACUCACACCUUCGUUGAGAACGAGCCAACUGUGUUGCAAACAUUGAAAGAGUUAACACCUACAUUGGCAAGCACAUAUCGAUACCUACGAGCCCUUUUCCCAUGCAUCGGAUGGAUUCCGCGAUACAACUUCCAAUGGCUCCUUGGUGACUGUAUUGCUGGCAUAACGGUAGCCUUGGUUGUUGUUCCCCAAGCAAUGGCAUAUGCGCUUUUAGCAACCCUAAGUCCUGAAUUUGGAUUGUACACAUCAUUCGCGGGCGCUGCAACUUAUUGGUUGUUUGGGACAUCGAAAGAUAUUGUGAUCGGCGUGGAUAUAUCCCUGAACCCCGUGACCACAGCCGUUGGUUCCCUAUUAGUUGGCGAGGUGAUCAACCGUGUGCAUGAGGUGCGGCCCAACGAAUACACAAGUGCCGAGAUUGCAAAAAACCUUUCGUUCAUCACAGGCGUGAUUCUUCUCUUUCUAGGACUGGUCCGACUUGGCUGGGUUGUGGAAGCAAUCCCAUAUAUUCCUGUCUCCGCAUUUAUCACCGCCGCUAGCAUCACGAUAAUGUGUACACAAUUCCCUGUCAUGAUGGGAAUCCCCGGUAUCAACUCUCGAGAGGUGCCCUAUCAAGUCGUCAUCAAAACAUUGAGGAAGCUUGGUGAAACACAGCUCGACGCAGUAAUAGGCCUCACAUGCCUGAUUCAGUUGGAUUUGAUACGAAGACUCUGCUCGAAGAUGGAAGCACGCCAACCAAAGCUUAAGCGUCUCUGGUCAACAAUUUCCUCCUUGCGCCUCACAUUUGCUAUGUUGUUGUAUACUUUGAUCAGUUGGUUGGUGAAUCGAGACCUGUCCGAAAAGGAAAGUAGAUUUCGACUCGUGGGACUCAUCGAAAAAGGUUUUGUGCAUGCUGGACCACCAUCUAUGAGUUUGGAUCUUUUAGGCAUCGUGCUUCCGCAAAGCCCAAUUGUCAUCAUCGUUCUUGUGAUUGAGCAUAUUGCAAUUGCCAAGAGCUUUGGAAAGCAAUUCGGCUAUCGAGUGGUUCCAUCCCAGGAGAUCAUGGCGCAGGGUACGGCUAACAUGUUAGGACCCUUCCUUGGUGGAUACUCAUGUACUGGCUCGUUUGGCGCCUCGGCAGUCCUUUCCAAAGCUGCGGUACGGACUCCAAUUGCAGGUCUGUUCAGUGCCCUGCUGCUGCUGCUCGCCCUCUACGCACUGACGGGCGUCUUUUACUUUAUACCGAGGGCGGCCCUGGCAGGUUUGAUCAUCCACGCUGUACUGAACCUUGUGGCAAGUCCCACCACGGUCAUGAACUAUUGGCGUCUAUCACCUUUCGAGUGCAUGAUCUGGAUCAUAGGAGUCAUCACAGCCAUGUUCACUGGACUUGAGACCUCUAUCUAUGUGACUAUUGGUCUUUCUUUACUGAUACUCCUAGUGCGGCUUUCACGCACCAAAGGCCAGAUCCUUGGUCAUGUUUCUGCUUAUAGCACCCGCUUGGAAACCCCAUCUCACGAUUGUAUCAAGGGCGAGUCACUUGUCACUUGUCCACCUUGGAGGCAAGACUUAUAUCUUCCUCUAGAUAAGAAGGAUGGCUCGAACCCUGCUAUUCCUAUAUCUACCAUCUCUCCCGGGAUCUUUGUUUAUCAUUUUCCAGAGGGUCUUAAUUACCUCAAUCAAGCAUUGCAUUUCAAAGCACUCACAGAGUUCGUGUAUGGACAUACAAGUCGCACUACUGCCAGUAGCAAUGUUUCGAAACAGGAUAUGCUGUGGUGCGAUGACUCCUCAUCAAAUGGUCAAGACGUGAAUCUUCCGAAAUUAAAAGCAGUCAUCAUAGACUGCUCUACAAUCAAUAGCAUUGAUAUCACAAGUGUUCAAGGGAUGUGUGAUACAAGAAACUCCUUGGACAGAUGGGCAAGUCCAACGGCAGUGAAUUGGCAUUUUGGAGGGCUUAGGAAUAGAUGGUCUCGGCGAGCACUAUGGACAGCUGGCUUUGGGCGACUUUCAGAGCAAGAUCUCAACUCUCUAGGUAAUUGGACGCCAAUGUGUUCGCUGACUACCGGAUUUGGAGGCGCAACUGAAGCCGAUAUAUCGUCUGAACGAAUCCGCAGAAAGCAGAGAGUUGAUGAGAAGGAUGAGAGUGGGGGACCUCCGAGAGACAUUGUACCUGUCAAGACAGAAAUCGACCAAAUCAGCAGGAUACAAAUGAAAGGUCCGGGAGAUCGUGGUACCCGAAACGAUCUCUCACGAGAACUUAGAGAUUGCCAGCCAAUUUUUGCUAUCGAUCGACCGCUCUUUCAUGCCACUCUCGACGAAGCAGUGGCUGCUGCGGUUUCAAUACUACGUUCGCGCACCUGA